CCCGCCACUUGAUCGCAACGCGCCUCCCCCUUUCCUAAUAUUCCAUUCCGUCCGAUGAACUAAACGCCCACUCUUCAUGCUCCGCCAGGCUGUUCAAGGAGCUCGGUGGUAUCAGCAUGUGGCCCGCAGACGCCCGACGAUUCCACCUUUGCGGCCGCAUGCCUUCUCCGCCGCAGCGCCACGCUCUAUCAAUUAUGGCGGCCCCGACGACAAGAUUCGCUUUUACGAACAGGUGACCCGUGGAAGCAAAACGAGGAGAAGGGUCGAUCCGGAGGCCGAGGACCGUGACGAGAGGAGGGACAUGCAGGAGGAGUUGGCGAAACUGGAUGACGAGCUAGAAAUAUUGAAGGAAGGCCCUUACGGUCCUAAUAGUCCGUUCAUACAGGGGCUACCUGAGAAGGAUAGAGCGAUCGCGCUCGAAGCUCUUCGAAAGUACGAAGAAGAGCAUGGCAAGGGCGAUCCUGAAUACAGCCUGGAUCAGGUCUUCGAUGAGAAACUCGACGAUGCGUUGCGGCAAGAGUUCGAGGGUCUAGCCAGGGAAGAAGAGAAUUGGCAGACGCAGGGUAAUGACGAUGAUGCACAAACGGCCAUUGUCAGACAGCCGUAUGAGGUUGUGCUGGAGGACUCCGAUCAGGGAGCUUAUAUCGACAAAUUCAACGACUCUUUAAGACGGUCUGCGAAAGGUAGACCCAAUGAACUACUUGCACAGGAACUGUGGAAAUGGUAUCGCCGUUGCAAACAGCUCGUCCCCGGUUUUGUUCAAUCGAUACCCGAAGAAGGCUUUGAUCUACUAUGGAACUCCACAAAUACUACGACCUCAGCACCUUCGCGAGCAGCUCAUAUUCAAACACUAGCAGAAGAUAUCCUUGCUGUCGGAAAGCCCCUCUCAACCCCACAUACUCUUGCCUACAUCGAGUCUAUACAGGGAACGGGCAAGACAGACGCGGCACUAGACCAAUGGGAGGCACACCAGAGCAGCCUUUCCCAGAAAAAAGAGGAUCUUGAAGCCUAUUGGAAACUUGGAGUACAGAUUUUCUCGGCAGAAGGCGACCCUCAGCGGGCCCAGGACAUUGCCCUGGCUUUUCUGGCCAAUACCCAGUCGCGCGAUGCUCGCAUCCUAAUACCGGUGAUACUAGCUUGGGGCAGGCAACCUGGAAAGGAGCCCGCGAUCAAGGCAUGGUCCCUAUAUUUGCAACUCAAGGCUUUCUUGGAGCAUCAACCUAUGACAAUGGAGGACUAUGAUCGCAUCAGUAUUGGCUUCCUGAAAACAAACCGACUCAGCCUCGCCAUCGCCGUGUUCAAGGACAUGAUGGUCACCGGCCAAGAUUCAGCAAAUGACUCAACUUCUCUUUACCAGAAAGCCGUCGGUCUGGCGGGCAAUCUUCAGGCAUCCAGUAUCUCGGAGAGGGAUGUGAACAAGGUGUCACUGGCGACACUGACAGUCCUGCCUCGCCGCUUCCAAAAUCGAUUCUUCUAUGCCAGCUGGAUGAAGAAGCUGAUUGGCAUGGGCGAGGUCGAUUCAGCGGCGAUGGUGAUUGAGCUGAUGUACGAGCGAGGGGUCAACCCCGACCCGAAGCACCUCAACGGCUUGAUCGCUGCCUGGCUUCGUGAAACGAAUACCUCUUCUCGCGAGAAAGCCGAACGGCUCGGCUGGGCCAUGAUCCAACGGCGAAUCGACACGGUUUGGGCGCGUGCGAAACCGUCUGUAAAUUCUCCUCGAGUGGAGGUAAACCAUGAAGUGAGCGCUGCGCGUAUCCCUAAGUUCAUGCAACGACCGAUGCCGUCAGCGAACAUCGAGACCUUCUCGAUCCUUCUCCUGCACUACACCCGACGAGGCGACGAAGACAUGACCCAACAUUUGGUCAAGUGCCUCGACGACGCGCAGAUCCGGCCCAACUCCUAUUUCAUGAACCACCUCCUGUACGCCGAGCUACGGAAGCAGGACAUCCGAUCUCUGUGGAACAAAUUCAAAUCCAUGUCGGCUCUCAUCCAGCCCGAUCUCGAGACGUACGCCUGCCUCUGGGAUUGCGGGAAGCUUCAAUACGACCGAGGCCGCACCGCGUUUGUGUCGGGCUUCCCAUCCGCUCGCCAUCUCUACGCCGAGAUGAUGCACUGGUAUUCCCAGCUCUCCGGCCGCGGGAAGGCCGUCGCGCACGACGAGUUCUCCAAAGAGCUCUACGACCAAAUUGUGCGCUGUCUCUGCCUCUCCAAGGACCCCGCGGGCACCCUGGUCGCCCUCUGCUCGAUGCGAGCCAUCUUCGGCAUCGCCCCCGACGACACUACGGCCCGCCUGAUCGUCCUGCAGGUGGCUCGCAUGGCCGGCGUGCCCGCGGAGACACCCAAGCGCCGUCUCCGCCGUCUCUCCUCCACCCCGCGGAGCAAAGAGAACAUCGCCCACGUCAACCGGCUCGUGGAGAUCCUGAGCGAGCGCAAACUCGCCGCUCUACAGGCCCGAGGCCUAACCCUCGACACCCUCGAGCCGCAGGAGCGGGAGCAGUACCAACUCGAAAUCAUGAUCGAGCUGCUGCGCGUCGUCAUGGGCCGGUCGGCCGCUGAACCGAGUCGCGUCGAAAACGACAUCGCCGGGGCCGCGACGGAGAUGGGCGUCGCGGCCGUCGAUUUCAGCACGUCGCUGGCAGACGAUGACCUGUUAUUGUAAAAAAAGCCUUCGGGGAGGCAAAUGGAAUCGAAUCUACUUGGGAAGGGUUCCCCGCACACGGCGUUUUUCUUGAUCCAUACGCGAUUUCCACCAAAAAUGGCCCCGGACGCCAUAGAGCAUAUAGAGAACGGCGUUUAUAUCGAAUCAGGGCGGCGCUGCUGCAUUGGUGUGUACAUAAAUCAGGCAAAAGAGCGGACUUUCUGUGUACUAUAUAAUGAAUUGUUUUUUCC